CCUUCCUUGCAGAAGAGGGCUCUGUAAGGUUGACAGUUGGCCAAUGCCUGUCUUAGGACUACAACUGAAGAAGUCAAGCACAGCUUCGUAGUCAAACCAAGAUCAAGGAGGUUUUUGUCCUGCCAGAUCUGCUUAUUUCUUCUUGGCAAGCCUUCCAGCAUGGCCAGGUCUUCCUCGUGACCCGGAUCAUUCCUGCAGCGCUUGCAAGAGCAAGAACUGGGACGGUUUGAGGCCUCCCUCUGCUCCACUUCGGAGAGAGGUUAUAGAAAUCUCAGACAAGCCUGGCCCACUUUCUCAGCAUCGGUUGAAACGUGUUCAUCGUGUUCUUCAUGGUUGUUGGCACUAUUUGCCAUCCUGUUGACUUCAACUUAUGGUGAGACUAUGGGCAAGAAGAUGACAACUGGUGAAGGACAUAUGUUUUGUACCUCAAAAACUAGAGCUUAAUGGGAGGAAACUGGUGCCAUUUUUGUAAUUAGCACAUCGGAGAUACCCAAAAAAUAAGGCUGGCACCAAAAUGUGUGUCAGCCAGUGAUACAGAUUUGCACUGGAGGACCUGGAGAUUCCUAGAGAGGUAUUCCUAGAGAGUGUGUGUGACACCUGGCUCGCAUUAGACCAGGAUUCCAGCUCAGGAGGCAAAGGUCUCAAGGCGCCAGCGGAUGAGAUGGGAGUCUUCAAAGAGUUUCUGUUCUGCUUUCUUGUUUAAUAGAAUAUGUCUGCAAAUCUGUCUAAUGGUCUCAUGGCGACAUGCAGUAAAACCACCCUGAAGGAUUUCAGCUGUGUUUCAAGGUUUGAGAAGGGCCGCAUCUACACGUACAUUGGCGAGGUGGUGGUCUCGGUGAACCCCUACCGGGCCAUGGAGCUGUAUGGGAAGGAGGCCAUUGAGCACUACCGGGGCCGGGAGCAGUACGAGCGGCCACCCCACCUGUUCGCCCUGGCCGACGCCGCCUACAAGGCCAUGAAGCGCAGGGCCAAGGACACCUGCAUCGUCAUCUCAGGCGAAAGCGGGGCCGGGAAGACCGAAGCCAGCAAGUACAUCAUGCAAUACAUUGCGGCCAUCACGAACCCCACGCAGAGGGCAGAGGUCGAGAGGGUGAAGGAGGUGCUGCUGAAGUCCAACUGCGUCCUGGAGGCCUUCGGCAACGCCAAGACCAAGCGCAACGACAACUCCAGCCGCUUCGGGAAGUACAUGGACAUCGACUUCGACUUCAAGGGGGACCCCGCCGGGGGACACAUCCACAACUACCUCCUGGAAAAGUCCCGCGUCCUCAAGCAGCAGCCGGGAGAGAGAAACUUCCACGCCUUCUACCAGUUGCUUCUUGGGGCUCCAGAGGAUUUACUGGACUCUCUCCAUUUGAGCAACGAUCCCACGUUAUAUAGGUUCACCCAAGAAGGUGCAAAACAGAAUUCCUCGGGCAGCGACCAGGCCGACUUCCGUGCCGUGUCGGACGCCAUGGCGGUCAUUGGCUUCACUCCCGAAGAGACCGGCUCCGUCUACAAGAUCCUCGCUGCCAUCCUACUCUUGGGCAACGUCCACUUUGCCACCAACGGCGAGGAGAUGGAGGUGGGCAAUGCAGAGCUGGUGUCCUUCCUUGCGGAUCUGACCUCCACGGACUUUGAGAGCCUCUCGAACUCGCUCCUCUACCGGACAGUGGCCGCAGGGGGCGGAGAGGUCAUCCGGAAGGGCCACAGCAUCAACGAGGCCAACUAUGCCCGGGACGCUUGUGCCAAGGCCAUCUACGAGCGUCUGUUCUGCUGGAUCGUGUCCCGGAUCAACGCCGUGAUCGAGGUGAAAGGCUACGACCCCCGGAUCCACGGCAAGAACACGGUCAUCGGCGUCCUGGACAUCUACGGGUUUGAGAUCUUUGACAAGAACAGUUUUGAGCAGUUCUGCAUCAACUAUUGCAACGAGAAGCUGCAGCAGCUCUUCAUUGAGCUGAUCCUGCAGCAGGAGCAGGAGGAGUACCAGCGGGAAGGCAUCCAGUGGCAGCACAUCGACUACUUCGACAACCGGAUCAUUGUGGAGCUGGUGGAGGAGGCGCACAAGGGGGUGGUGGCCAUCCUGGACGAGGCCUGCUUGACCGCCGGCAGCGUCACCGACGGCCUCUUCCUGGCCUCCAUGGACACCCGCCUGGGCAAGCACCCCCACUACGCCAGCAGGAAGGUCAACCCAACGGAUAAGUCCCUGGAGUUUGGGCGCGAUUUCCGCAUCAAGCACUACGCUGGAGAUGUCACGUAUUCCGUGGAAGGGUUUUUGGACAAGAACAAGGACACCCUCUUCCAGGAUUUCAAGCGAUUGAUGUAUAACAGUGCGGACCCCGUCCUACAGCAGAUGUGGCCGGAGGGCAAGCAGAGCAUCCACGAAGUGACCAAGAGGCCGCUGACCGCUGCCAGUCUCUUCAAGAAUUCCAUUGUCGCCUUGGUGGAAAAUCUGGCUUCCAAGGAGCCUUUCUACGUCCGGUGCAUCAAGCCCAACGACCAGAAGUCCCCCGACGUCUUCGACGAGGAGCGCUGCCGCCAUCAAGUCGCCUACUUGGGUCUGCUGGAGAACGUCCGCGUCCGGAGAGCCGGGUUCGCCUACCGGCAGCCCUACGACCGCUUCCUGCUCAGGUACAAGAUGACCUGCGAGUACACCUGGCCGCAGCACCUGAUGUCCACGGACCGGGAGGCCACGCAGGUGCUGAUGGAGCAGCACGGCUUCCAGGAGGACGUUGCCUACGGCCACACCAAGCUCUUCAUCCGCACGCCCCGGACCCUCUUCUCCCUGGAGCAGGAGCGGGCCCAGCUCAUCCCCAUCAUCGUCCUGCUCCUCCAAAAGGCUUGGCGUGGAGCCCUGGCCCGGCGGCGCUGCCGGGCCUUGCGCGCUGUCUACACCAUCAUGGCUUACUUCAAGCGCCACAAGGUGAAGGCCUACCUGCGGGAGCUGGUGCACCGCUUCCAGGACGUGCGCCAGGCGGCCGACUAUGGGAAGGGGGUGGAGUGGCCAGAGCCGCCUGCCGUCCUCGCCUCCUUCCAGGAAAGCAGCAAGCGCAUCUUCCGCAGGUGGCGAGCGCGGCAGAUCGUCCGGAACAUCCCUCCGUCCGACAUGGAGCAGAUCAAGGCCAAGGUGGCCGCUUUGGACGUCCUGCAAGGCCUGCGGAAGGACUGGGGCUGCCGGCGGAACUGGUGCCGGAAUUACCUGGCCUUGGAGGACGAAAACCCCGUCCUGGCCACCCAGUUCUCCAAAAGGCUCGCGGCUCUGCAGGACAAGUCCCGCUUCCGCUCGGUGCUGUUCUCGUGCCACGUCCGGAAGAUCAACCGCUGUAACAAGGCCUCGGACCGGGCCCUCCUCGUCACAGAUCAGAACCUCUACAAGUUGGACCCCAAGAAGCAGUACAAGGUCAUGCGGUCCGUCCCGCUCAGCAUGGUGACCGGUCUGAGCGUGACCAGCGGCCUGGACCAGUUGGUGGUCUUCCACACGCAGAACCGCGACGGCCUGGUGGUCUGCCUCCACAAAACGCAACCGGACGGCGACAACCGGGUCGGAGAACUCGUCGGCGUCUUGGUGGAGCACUUCCGAAGGGCCCAUCGUCCCCUGGGCGUCCAGGUCUCGGACUGCAUCCCGGCCAGCCUUGGAGGCCGCAAGAGGCUGAUCUCGGCGGAAGCUCGGUACGGACCGGAGGCUUUGCCGGACUUCGCCAAGAGCCGAGACGGCUUUGUGCUCCACUUCCCGCAGAGAUGAGCCCGGACUUUGCAUUACUUUUCUCAAUUUUCUUGCAAAAAACCAUCAAUGGGUUCCACCUUCGCUGCAGGACAAAUGCAGCUGGACUAUAUUUCCAUCAAUGCUCGCUAUAGAAUCCUGGGAAUAGUCAUUCCCAUGGUUCCGUAGCUCUGAGCCUUGGCAGUUCAAUUGAGUUUUAAACCGCUCUAAUUCCACAGUGUAGACCCGGCCCCAUGUGAGAUUUUGGAUCAGUGACGAUUGUUAAUAUAAUUAGACGUUAGAGGAUAACUUAUGAGUAAGAGGAUUGACUAGGAAGUGGCUGUGACUUGGGGAGGGAGGGCGGAUGGGAAAAAGAUUGUCAUAUUGUGAUAUAUUGUGGUAUUGUAUAUAUUGGAGAAAUUAAAUAAAAAAUAUAUAAACUAGAAAGAACAUAUUGUGCAGUGUUCCAGCAGAAAUGUUUUGCGUGUGUAUAUGUG